UUGACCGGAAAAUGGAGUUGUCUCUUAUUCUUUUGGUCGUUGCAGCCAUUUUGAAUAAUGCUGUCAACGCGGGGCGCAUUAAGAGGAUUGUUGGUGGAUCCCGAGUCGACAUACAGAGUGCUCCAUUCGUGGCGAUGCUACGCGACUACAGAGACGAUGAUGCAAGAACGGGACACAUAUGUGGUGGUGCCAUUAUCAGUAGCAGACACAUUCUUACCGCAGCUCACUGCAUCAGCGAGGGUGAUCGAUAUCCCCUGGAUCUGGACGAACUCGAUAAUCUCGUUAUUGUGGUGGGUGAGGACACUUUCGAUUACCACUCCACAAUGUAUGAAGUUGAGGAAAUUUAUCAUCCUACGACGUUCCAUGGCGAUCUCUCUGAUACGUCCAAGGACAGGGGAGACAUCGCAAUCAUCAAGCUCGAAGAGGAGAUACAUUUCAACUCAUACCGGCAACCAAUUCAGCUAGCAACUCAUGAACCAGAAUCGCAAGCUCGAGGUUUAGUUUAUGGGUGGGGACGCACUGGCAGGAAUGCUCCUUAUUCUGGCUCAUUGCAAGGACUCCAAGUGACAUACUUUACCAUGCCUUCCUGCUCUUGGGAGUUUCCAUUCCAGGCUUUCACGGCAGAUGAAUUAUGUGCGAGGGGAAUAGGCGAAACUGACACUUGUUCCGGUGACAGUGGUGCUCCCUUGGUAAUGUCCCAUCAACUUGUUGGAGUACUUUCACACGGCUCAGUGGGCUGUGAUGGCUCAAGACCAAGUGCAUACGCCAGUGUUCCUUAUUACAAGUCAUGGAUCGAAGAUGUGAUCGCGGGUAAAGUAGAACGAAUCUACCCUCCAGUGAUUCCCACGAGCCCUCCUGAUGUUCGUGCCUGUCAUACCCCCAAGCCGGCGACUACAGCGCCAAGACGUCAUAGGGCGAGUUGUAUAAGAAAAAAGAAGAAGAAGUCCUCAUCUACGCCCCAAUCACCCAAAAAUUUCAUGUGACA